AUGGGUUCCAGCAAAACUGGCCGAAGUAGCCGUCCAAAGCCGUCCGACGUCGCCUUGGACACGAAGCGCAACUUUAUUCCGCUGCUCAAUGCCAGCUACGCCGACUCAUAUCCGCCUUAUUCCAUUCUCUACAGAGAGCCUCUCCUGCAGUUGCCCGUCAAGCGGCGGGCGAGUAUCCGCCCGCCAUUCUUCCGCGUCGAGCACGGCGACCCCGUCAUGAGAGCCAUUCACUAUGCCUCCGUGGACUCGCAAGCGAGCGAAAGCACAGGGGGGCCUCGAAUUCGCAUUCCAUUUAUCUGUGCUGCUAAUGAGCGCCGACCUGGCGGCGAUUGGGAAAUCGGCUCCCUCCUCUACGAAGAGAAGCUGUGCAGGCGCAGCAAUCUGUGGGCAACCCUCUCAACGCCGCUACCGCAAACUGGGGAAGAGACCAACUAUCCAAUUCCAUCGACUGGGGGGGUGUUUUCUGAUGCUGUAGUCGUCUGCCGUGGGCCCCAUGACCGUUACGAGAAGCUUGACCGCUGGUACGACUUGCCAGUGCUAUCAAUGCCACCAACCCGUUGGCCGAGGCUUAAGGACAAUGGAACAUCCUACUCGUUCGAAGCCGAGCGCCAACAAAUGAAGGACAAGAUUCGGGGUGCUCUGCGAAUAUGUCACUAUAAUGGCUAUGAUCGCGUCGUUGUUGGAGAUUUUGGCUUGGGUAACGGCUGUCGCAAUCCACCACAGCAGCUGGCCGAAAUUUGGCGUGAAGUUCUCCUCUUCGAUCCCGAUCUUCGCGGCCAGUUUGUCUAUGUCAUGUUCAUCUUCGAAGACGCUACACUGAACACGACAGAGUACAUCCUGGAAGAGUUGAUAAAAAAAGAGCAAAAGUCAAGGACAUAUUCAAAAGGCGACUUGAACUCGCUCCUGCGACACGCGCCUACCGACAUGUCCAUCUUUGAGAGGGUAUUUGAUGCAAGCGAGAUCGAGCGCGUCAUUAGCGAGCCAGACCCUCGGUACGGCCUCCAGAUGAUCACCAGCUGA